UUCUCGUGGGAUCAACCAGCUUAAGCGCCAACAUGAGGACUGUCUUGGUGUGCCUGCUGGCGGUGGUGGCGCUGGUGGCAGCGGAGACCCAGCAACCUACCGCUGACAGUGCCGCGCAGUCGUCGACGACCAAAGAGAAGCGCGGCAUCCUGGGAUUGGGUGGCUACGGGGGCUACGGCCUCGGCAGCUACGGAGGCUACGGCGGCAGCUACGGAGGCUACGGCGGCGGGUACGGCUACGGAGGUGGUCUGGGUUACGGAGGCGGUAUCGGCUACGGAGGCGGUCUCGGUGGCCUGGGAGGCGGUCUCGGAGGCUUCGGAGGAGGCCUGGGAGGAGGUCUGGGAGGAGGCAUCGGCGGCGGUGCCGUCGCGCCGGUCACCGUCACGCGUCCGGUGCCCGUGCCCGUGCCCCAGCCGUACCCCGUCUCGGUGCCCCGACCUGUCCCGGUGCCCCACCCCGUGCCCGUUCCCGUCUCCGUGCCCCGCCCCUACCCGGUAGCCGUCCCGCGUCCCGUGCCCGUCAAGGUCCCCCACCCCGUGCCCGUCUCGGUGCCCCAGCCCGUGCCCGUCACUGUGCCCCAGCCCGUCCCCGUGCCCGUCCCCCAGCCCGUCCCGGUCAGUGUGCCUCAGCCCGUUGCCGUCCCGGUCGCCACCCCUGUCGUCGCUGUAGGUAGCGGCCUGGGAGGAGGAUACGGUGGCGGCCUCGGAGGAGGCUACGGCGGUGGACUGGGAGGCGGUUACGGUGGCGGCCUGUCCCUCGGCGGAGGAUACGGAGGCGGUCUCUACGGCGGGAGGUACGGGGGCUCCAUCGGAUACGGCGGAGGCUACGGCCACUCUUGA